AUGGAGGUCUCAUCUCGCAACGAACGAGACCACGGGCCCCCGGAAAUUCCAGCGCAACAGUCACCGCUGUCAUAUACCAAGCUGCUGUCUCGAUAUGAGGAGCUACAACGGCAACAUGCAAGAUGUCAAGGAGAGCUUCGGCAAGCUCUGCAGAAACUGACAAUCUACAGAGAACGCGCUAAAGCUUGGUAUCUGUAUGCUCAGCGCAAGAAGACCCAGGGCUCACUUGCGAAUCGACCCGCGGGAGGCACGUCAGAUCUCGGCCAGGGCGAAUGCCCGUCGAGGUUAGAUGCUCGAUCAUCUAGUCACGCGCUGCCAGCAAUGGUUGAUCCUCGACUGCGGCAGACACGACAUUUGUCACAACAAACUGGUGAAGCGAGAUUGGCUGCUCGAGGCGAUGUUGGGAUGGCGUCAAGUCAAAGUACAAUAGUAGAAGCCGACGAUGCAGUGCAAAGCUCGACGAAACUCGUCUGCAUCAAGGCUGAGCCUGGAUCAGACGAUGAGCCCGUCAUUGUGUCUGAGCGCAACCUGAAGCGCAAGCGAGGCGGAAGCCCCCUUAGAGACGACACGAUGCGCCGUGUCAAGCAGGAACCCGUCGAAUCUGAAGGACUCUCGGACGUCAUGAAAGAUUCUGAAAGUGGCGUACGAGGGCAACAGUUGCGUACGAUGAAGACAAUGACGUCCGAUCUAGAGGUAGAUGGGCCUACGGUCCAGACUCCACGCAAACCUUCGCGCAAUCUAAUUUCCCACACAGAUCGAGCAUCUUUCUCGGACGGGAAAGCGUCCAACCGUCCAAAAGGCAGACAUUCGGCCUCGACCGUUAAUGUCGCGCCUCACGUUACGGAUGAACCGCUUGCAUUGCGCCAAAUCAGUACAAACAUUCCUCCGAAACGGAAGGCUGCGAGGUCCAGUCCUCCAAUGCAUCGUGCCAGCGCUGUUGACAAGCUGGCAAUGCUCUCAGAAGACGGCGAACUUGGACACGAGUAUCCGAGGCUAGAGGAGCCGAGAGCAAAGGGCAACGAUCGCAAAUUAAAAGUCAUGCUCCAGCAGCCACUAGCUGAAAGAUCACCAGCACUAGACAAGAGGUCGACGAAAAUCGCAAGAAAUACAGAUGAGCAUCCACUUCCCACGCGGAUGGAAGAAGAGCCCCUGCGCAUUCGAGAUCCCAAGACGCUCCAACUGACAGACUUCAAAGUCAAUGCUGAUUAUAUGGGAUCAUGCUUUGCUUUUGCGGACACAUUGCGAGGUCGUGAUCAGCGCCAGGGACUACAUACUUGUACGAAACCUGACUGCUGUGGUGACGCUUUCCGCAAAGUGAUUGAACUAGGCGGCAAGGCCGCAUCAGGCAAAACAGACGCGCAAGCUUUGGAGAUCUACCUUGGCCGCGACUGGUCAGACGUCAUGGGUUCUUUUGCUCCUGAUACUAGGAAAGAGAUGACGAUGAAUGCGCAUGUGUAUGCUUUAACCGAGGAGAAUGGCAAACACAAACUGGCUUUUGAGCGAAGGAGCACGCCUCCUGGGUUUUGGCGUACUGACAUGCCCACCUCUCAGGAGGCUUUAGAGGACCGUGCGAAGAUCAAAGCAAUAGAGGACAAAGCCGUCAUGGAGAGAUGGCUGCACGCCACGCGAAGGGGAGGACGCUGGCGAUUCCGUGAUGAGUGA